ACUCCUUCCCUUCGCGUCCCGGGCUUCGGAUGUGCAGUGAGGACGAUGCGUCCCUGGAGCUGGUUCCUGCUGCCGACCCUCUGCCUCCUGCCCACGGGCGCAGCCCUGGCGCCCGCCGCUGCCAACUGCGAUCUCAAGCCCCAACAAAGUGAGUCGAAUUCCUUCUUGUGGACCAUAAAGCGAGACCCACCUUCUUACUUCUUUGGCACAAUCCAUGUCCCGUACACCCAGGUUUGGGACUUCAUCCCGGACAGCUCCAGGGAGGCUUUCCAGCAGAGCAGCGCUGUGUACUUGGAGUUGGACCCCACUGACCCCUGUGCCGUCCCGGCUCUCACCGGCUGUCAGAUGCGGGAAGAGAGCCUCCAAGAUGUGCUCCCCAGCGACAUCUACUGCUGCCUCGAGCGCCACCUGGAGUACGUCAAGCUCAUGAUGUCCCCUUGGCUGACCCCAGAGCGGCGCAAGGGGCUCUACGCAGACUGCCUCUUCAAUGCCAUCACGGGGAACUGGGAGCGCGAGAGGCCUGUCUGGGUGAUGCUCAUGGUCAACUCCUUGACGGAAGCGGACAUUACGUCCCAGGGUGUGCCUGUCUUAGACCUGUCGGCCCAGGAGGCCGAGCGGCUGAGGAAGCAGACUGGGGCGGUGGAAAAGGUGGAAGAGCAGUGCCAUCUGUUGAAUGGGCUGCACUUUUCACAGGUCAUCUUUGCUCUGGACCAGACCCUCCUGCAGCAGGAGAGCCCGCGCGGGUGGUCUGCAGCUCCCACACAUGGCGGCUGGCGGAGGAUCGGAAGAUCGGAGGAUCGCAUGGAGCACUAUAACUUUGGGGACCUCAGCUCUGUCAUCCUCAGCCACGGCUGUGCUCCGAUUCCCAAUUUUAUUAAUGCCAUGCUCCCGCCUCAGGAGCGCAUCACUGCUCAGGAGAUCGACAGCUACUUCCGCAGGGAGCUGAUCUACACGCGGAACGAGAGAAUGGGGAAGCGGGUGAAGGCCCGUUUGGAGGAGUUCCCUGACAAAGGCUCCUUCUUUGCCUUUGGAGCUGGUGAGUAA